AUGGAAUCAGUAGGUUUAACAGAAUCUACUACAUCAAGUGAACCAACUGGUAACGAUAGAUCCCAUCAUCGACGAUUUUUAUCUCUUGAGAAUCCUGUUCUCACCUGGUUAGAUGGUACCAUCAAUGAAUCUGAUGAAAAUGCGUCAAACUUUAUUACUGAACUUCAACAUACCGUUCAUUCAGUGAAAAUGUUUACUGAUUCUGAUCAAUGUGUUGAUUUCAUUACGAACAUCGAAAAUGAAAAGAUCUUUAUGAUCAUUUCGGGAACUUACAAUGAACAACUUCUAUCUAUCAUUGACGAUUUGACACAAGUGGAUUCUAUUUAUGUAUUUGAUAAUCAGAAUCCUAUCGAUCAACAAUGGAUUCAAGAAUAUAAAAAAGUUAGAGGAAUAUUUACUCAAAUUGAAUCAAUUUGCAGAGAACUGACAAUUGGUAUUUAUCGAUUCAACAAUAAUUUAAUUCCACUAAGUAUUUUGACAAUAACUUCCAGCACCAAUCUAGAUGAACUUGAUCCAUCGUUUAUGUACUCGCAAUUAUUAAAAGAAACACUUUUCGAUAUGCCACGUGGUGAAGAAGCAAAACAAGCUUUCGUAGACUUCUGUCAUACUCAAUAUGCUGACAACAGCAAAAGAAUGCAAACUAUUGAUGAAUUCGAUGAAUAUUAUUCUGAACCAACACCUAUCUUUUGGUAUACUCGAGAUACUUUUCUCUAUGAGUUGUUAAAUAAUGCCCUCAGAACACAAGAAAUCGAGGUGAUACUAAAGAUGGGCUUUUUUCUUCGCGAUGUGCAUGAACAGUUCGAACAACUGCAUUCUAAAGCUGUUCAUUCUAAUCCUCUAACGAUUUAUCGAGGUCAAGGUAUUACUAUAGCUGAAUUUGAGAAGAUUCAGAAGUCCAAAAAUGGUCUUCUUUCCUUUAAUAAUUUUCUUUCAACAAGUGCAAAACGAAAUGUGGGACAUUUUUAUGCCGAUAGUAAUUGUAAGAAUCCUGAUCUUGUCGCAGUUCUGUUUCAAAUCGAUAUUGAUUCAUCCAUCACAAUAGCUUCAUUUGGAUCAAUCAACGAUAUUAGUGCUUUUGAUAAAACAGAAGACGAAAUUUUGUUUUCUAUGCACACGGUCUUUCGUAUUGGUGAAGUUCAAUUAAUAGAAGACCGAUUAUGGCAAAUUAAUCUUACUUUAACAGAUGAUAAAGAUGAACAACUCGCACGUCUGACCGAAUAUAUUCGAGAAGAAACUAAAGGUACAUCCAUAUUGCAUCGCAUGAGUUUGCUAAUGAUUAAACUGGGUAAUUUUGACAAAGCGGAAGAAAUUUCUACUACACUUAUCAACACAACACCUGAUGAUCAACUGGAGAUACUCUCGACAUUCAUGAAUCAGCUUGGAUACAUUCAUUCCAGUAAAGAUGACACAACUAAUGCACUUUCCUGCUAUGAAAAAGCACUAGUACUGAAACGAAAAUCACUUCCUGCUGAUCAUCCAUCAGUGUCAACCACCUACAGUAACAUUGGUUUUGCCUAUGAUUCGAUGGGAGACUAUUUAACUGCCAUUUCAUAUUACAGAAAAGCCCUUGCAAUUUCUCCGUCGAACCAAUUAACAUUAGCUGCCAUCUAUAGUAAUAUGGGUUCCACAUAUGCAUCGAUGGGGGAGUAUCUCGAUAGUCUUUCAUGUUAUGAAAAAACAUUGGAAAUUAAACAGAAAUAUUUUCCAGAAAAUCAUCCAGAUUUGAUGAUUCCAUAUAGUAAUAUUGCGUUCAUCUAUAAUAAAAUGGGACAAUUUUCCAGUACACUUACUUACUUUCAGAAAAUACUUGAAAUGAUGCAAAAAUCUUUACCCCCUGAUCAUCCAGAUAUGGCAACGGCUUACAAUAAUAUUGGCGAAGCACAUCUAUGUAUGGGUGUUUACUCAGUAGCGCUUUCAUAUUUGCAGAAAGCACUUGAUAUUAGACAAAAACAUCUUCAUUCUAAUAAUCCAGCUAUUGCUACUGUUUACCAUAAUAUUGCUCAAGUGUACCGAUCAAUGGAUGAACGUUCCAAAGCACUUUUCUAUUUUGAAAAGACAGUUGAAAUCAGACAAAAAUCUCUUCCAUCAAAUCAUCCUGAACUCGGUGUCGCUUACAAUAGCGUUGGAACCAUUCAUCACUCCAUGCGAGCUUAUUCAACAGCACUUUCAUACUACGAUAAAACAGUUGAUAUCAUGCACAGAUCUCGACUAAUUAAUUCACUAGAACUAGCUAUUACGUAUAAUAAUAUAGCUUUUGUCUAUUAUUCUACAAAAGACUUUUCAAUGGCACUUACCUACUAUAACAGGGCACUUCUAAUCAUGCAGACAUCACUUUCAUUCGAUCAUUCAUCUUUGGCUGAUAUUUAUGCUAACAUUAGUACAGUGUAUACUUUAAAAGGACAGCCUACAAUGGCACUCUCAUAUCUACAGAAGACGCUAGCUAUUAAACAAAAAAUACUUCCAUCAAAUCAUUCAAAUUUUGCUGUCAUUUAUACUGCUAUGAGCGUAGCCUAUACUGCAAAACAAGAACAUAGCAUAGCGCUUUCAUAUUUCCAGAAGACACUUGAAAUUCAACAGAAUUCUCUCUCAGCUGAUCAUCCAGACUUAGCUCACACGUACAAUAAUAUUGGACUAGUCUAUCAUUCCAAAAGACAAAUUGAAACAGCAUUAUCAUACUUUCAAAAAGCCCUCGAAAUUCAACAAAAAUCACUUCCCACCAAUCAUCCAGCUCUCACCAUCACAUAUGACAAUUUCAGUUUAGCUCAUUAUUCAAAGUGUGAAUAUACUAUUCGACUCUCCUAUUUACACAAGAUACUAGAAAUCAAACAGCGAUCCCUUUCGCUCAAUCAUCCAGAUCUGGCUGCUAUCAACAACGAUAUUGGUGAAACUUAUCAAUUAGCUGGUGAUUGUUCCGGAGCACUUUCUUACUAUACAAAAGCUUUAGAAAUUCAAGAAAAAGCGUUUCCAAUCAAUCAUCUUGCUUUUGCUACUACCUAUGAACAUAUAGGUUCAUUGAACCAAUCACUGAAAAAUUAUUCGACAGCACUUUCGUUCUAUCACAAAGCCCUUGACAUCCAAAGAAAAUGUCUUUCACCCAAUCAUCUAGUCUUAGCUAAUACAAACAAUCGAAUAGCUUCACUCUACAAUGAACAAGGCGAUUUGAAAACGGCACUCUCCUACUUACAUAAAACUCUCGAAAUAUAUGAAAAAUGUCUUCCGCCCACCAAUCACAUUUUGGUUCUGACAUACAACAAUGUUGGUUCCAGUCAUCGAUUGUUAAAGGAAUAUGCAAUAGCACUUCCUUAUUUUGAGAAAGUACUAGACAUUCAACAGAAAACUCUUUCAGAAGAUCAUCCAUUGCUGGCUGUUGCCUAUACUAAUCUUGCUGAUAUACAUCGAUUAUUACGUGAUUAUUCAUCUGCAAUUACUUACUAUAAGAAAGUACUUGUAAUUAAGGAAAAAUCAUUACCGGAAAAUCACUUAGAUUUGGCAACUAUAUAUUAUAAUAUGGGCUUAAUGUUUGAUUUUAAAAAGGAGUAUAGAACAGCAUUGUCCCAAUUUGAGAAAUCAUUGAAAAUUAGAGAAGUGUCUAUUCCACCCAAUGAAACAUUAUUGAGUUUAACUUAUGGAAAAAUUGCAAAUACAUAUCGAUCAUUAGGGGAAUAUUCAUCAGCCCUUUCUUACAAUGAAAAAACGCUCACCAUACAAGAAAGAAUCCUUUCAGAUAAUCAUCCAGAUCUUGCAACGACCUACAAUAAUUUGGGUUUGGUUUAUAAUUCAAGACAAGAAUAUCGAAUGGCACUUUCACACUAUCAAAAGUCAUUGGACAUCAGAAGAAAAUCUUCAACAUCGAAUGAUUCAUUGUUAGUUAUUGCCUACAAUAAUAUUGCUGAUAUACAUCGAUUGUUAGAAGAAUAUCCAAUCGCUCUUUCUUACUUUGAACAGAAACUCAAAAUCCAGCAGAAAUCUCUUCCAGAGAAUCAUUCAAACCUGGCAGUCACCUAUAAUAGCAUCGGUUUAAUGUACAAUGAAAUGAGCGAUUCAACUAUGGCUCUGUCAUAUUAUCAGAAAGCUCUGGAAAUAAGAGAGCACUCUCUUCCAUCAAACCAUCCACUGUUGGUUGUUACCUAUAACAAUGUUGCCGAUACACAUCGAUUGUUAGGUGAAUAUUCAAUAGCAUUGAAUUACUGCUAA